UGUUUCCCUCCACAGAUGGGAAAGCAGGUGGUGAUGGAGGGAAUUCGGAGCUCAAAGAAGUCUCACCUGGAAAGUGUUCAGCACCCUACUUCUUCAGUGCAGCUGAUGAGAUCAACUUUGCAGCCUAACAGAGACUAACACUGCCAGAAGAAAUCAAAACACUUCUCUCCCCUUCCCAUAUGUAGUUAGGUGCCUCGGGGUUGUUAAAUAGGCUUUAAAAUGUUGCACUAUACUUUUUUUCCCUCUUCCCCCCCCCCUUAGGUCGGUGACUGGGUUUGGAUUUGUACCAUACGGAACACGCCUCAGGUUGCAGCAAAAGUCAGUCUUGUUAAAUUUCACCUUAGGGGACCCUCAGCACAAAUCCAAAAAAUAGUAUGAACAUGCCUUGUGCUCCGCUGAGUUGCCUGUAGUAUGUUGUGCUUUUGCUCCCAGGAAACGUCGAAUGAAUAUUCCAAAUCAACCCGGAAGUUGGGGAGCAUCUAACAAUCUUAUUUUUGAACAGGUCUAUGGAUGGAACCUUCCCACUGACGUCACACAGGAAAAAUGACGGAAACGCGAUAGCGGUUCACCCUAGAGGCAGACAGGGUUAGUUGCAUACAGACUGUGCUCCAACAGCAGAUUGUUGUGCGGAAAGGGGCGGAAUCGUAAUAUCCUCCCUCCACAACUCCCGUAAGAAAUAAAAUGGACCGAGCCCCAACUACAGAAGCAACCUCAGACUUGCUGUCUGCUGCGCACGCGCAAUUUCGAGACCAAAGGUUUGAGAAAGCAGAAGAGCUCUACAGCCGCUAUGUUGAGCAUUGCGCAUGCUCCGGCAAGAGCCGUCAGUCCUGUCAUGAUCUGGCAACAGCAUUUAACAACAAGGGACAGAUCAAGUACUUAAGAGUUGACUUCUAUGAAGCAAUGGAUGAUUUUACAUCAGCUAUAGAAGUGCAGCCUGAUUUUGAAGUUCCAUAUUAUAACAGAGGAUUAAUAUUAUAUAGACUAGGUUUCUUUGAUGAAGCCUUGAAGGAUUUCAAGAAGGUCUUGGAGCUAAACCCUAACUUUGAAGAUGCUUCUUUAAGUUUAAAACAGACUAUACUGGAUAAAGAAGAAAAACUAAAAAGAAACUAUUGAAAUUCAACUACAGAUGAAGCCUGUAUUAACUUGAGAUUGGAUUGGAUUUUCUCUACCUUAGAUGUUUAUUUUUUGGCUCUGUUGAAUUUGAAAUUAUUAUUGAAGUGUAUGUGGAAGUUUUGUAGUGACAGUGCAGAAUUGUUAAAAGAGUACUGUUUUAACCCUGUCUCAGGUUCUGUUCAUUGUAUAUACAGUAUUAAAACCAUGGGUGGGCAGCCUUCUUCUCUCCCAAGAACUGUAUUCCCUCAGGGGCUACAUAAAGUGACCACAGCUGCCAGCUCCCCCCCAUCUUCUCUUCCUUUGUAGCAGGCUGCUGGGGGUGGGGGACAGAAAGAUUGCUUGCAGAGAGAUUUUGAAAUUAGGCCUAUGGAUGCACACCUAUGUAUUAAAGCUCAAAAUCUCUAAAUGGGAGCUAGUAAUAAGUCUAGUACUAAAAGUACUAUAGUACUUAAAGUGUCUAGUACUGUACUGGUUACCACAACAGACAACAGUUGAAAAGUCACCAGGGAAGAGGAUCAAGAUAGAUCUUUUGGUCUUGUCUUAAUGUAUUAAAACUUCUGUAUCAAAUUUACAAGUGGUCGAAAUCUUUGGUCAUAGUUCAGCCAAGUUAAAAACCUGCUUGGGUCUCUUCUUUGAGCGCUUAACAUCAAUCCUGCCUUCCUGUCCCAAGCUAGCUUUUUUUCACCUCAAAUGUCAGAAUGGUGUUGCAUGGCUUACAAGCAUGUAAGAGGCCUGCUUAGUCAAACCAAAUGCCUACCUAGUUUAGUAUUCUGUUUCCAGCAACAGCCAACCUAUUGACUUCAGUGGGGCAUAUGCCCAGGUAAGUGCGAUUAGGAUUGUAGCCUAAAUAAAUGCCAAAAUACAGGAAGCCCUCUUAAAAAUAGGUUUUACAAGUCUAGACAGACAGUCUUACCUAACAUCUCACACUGGCAACCCAUUCUUACUCCAGAAAGCUCAAGUCAGUAUUUGUCCUAAUGAGUCUGUGAGAGUUUAGGUUGCCUGUGACUUAGGCAACAACGCUGUAGGAGCUUCAGGCAGGGCAAGGGCUUGAACAUAGCAAUUUCUACAAACUUCAACAGCUCCCUAUACAAUUAUUUUUAAAUUAGUUUUGAGAAUUAAGUUUUACAAUUCUGAAAUACUAGAGAAAUAGGGGCUAUGCACUGUCGCUGGGAGGUGUUUAUGUAGGCUGUGUCUUGUGGUCUACAGACCUGUUGAGCAUUGUUCUUCCUGAACUUUGGAAGUUUUACAACAUUUCAGCUUUGUUCCAAUUUGUGACAACCAUAAAAGUUAUAGAAUGUAAAAUAGAACACCCACCCCUUAACUUUGCCUUUGGACGGUGGAAAUAUUUAUGCAUUUGAUUGUUGUAUUGCCUGAAAGAAGCCACUGAAAGAAGUCAAACUAUCCUGAAGUGCUAGUGGAAUCUGGAUCAGAUUCAGGUAUCUAUUGUUAUAGCCAGCUAUAAUACUGGGCACUAAGUCCUGUGACUAAAGAGAAAAUCUGAUUGUUAAGCAGAUGCAUUAAGAAUAACUUUAGUUUGACAGAAUAGGACCAAGGUCAUAAUUUUAAGAUUUUACAUAAUAUAAAACAAUAUUGCACAGCCAUGGCAUUGAACAAAUGCAACAACCAAGUCACAUUUGCUCUUACAUGCAGCUUUAAUGAUCAUUAGUAUAUAAAGCCUACAUAGAUUCAUUAGCAGAGAGACUGCUGAAAUGAAACAAGUGCAACUUUUAUUUUAAGAUGGUUCCCAACAGAAGGGAGCUCCACUGAACUUCAGGGACAGAUAACAGGCUGCAGAGAGUUCAUAAGAAAAUGGUAGGUCAGUGUGAAGGAUUACAGCCUUACAGCACUGCACGAGGACAAAUUACUGAAUGCAUGAAGCAAUUCUAACAGUGCUUUUCAAUCCUGGGUCUGGAUCAGUAAAUUUAGCAGAUGGUCAGCGGCUAAUGAGAAGCGCUGGCAGAGUCUCCCUUGGCUAGGGUAAUUUCAGACUUGAAUAGUUUACAGGACAUUUCAGUUUUAUUGUUAGGAAAUACUUGGAAAGAUCUGAACAAUGAUGCAGAUUCUUUCAUGCAUUUCUCACUUCAAAUCCAUGCCAUUCUGUUAAAUUGAGAUGCAUCACUUCCUAUAUGAUCUGAUCCAUUAAUAUCAAACAAUGGUACACUUUUGUGUAGUGAUUUUACUAUAGCUGUCUAGAAGUGGUUCAUUGCAUUAGAUAAAGCUUUGUCUUAUUCUGUGAGGUAGUUUGGCCCACAUGAACACCUGGCAAGGGGUAUAAAGCGACAAGCUACAGCCAGCUAGUCUCAGUUCUUGGCCUUCCAAAAUGGGAAAUAAAGUUACAUUGUCAUUGCAAGCAACAUCAAAGACACAGAUUGUUACAAACAUGUUACUAGCUAACCUGGAGAUCUGCCAAGCUGUCUAGAACAAUUGAGGGGAUAAAAAAUGUUAUUUGCCUCUGUGAGUAAAUGGAUUUGUUAUGCAUUAUGCAAAAUGAGAAUGUUUGGUUAUUUCUACCCUAGGCUGCUUAAGGCAUAACACUCUGGAUCUCAUCCUUGUAACAUAGGCUAGGCAAGAAGCUUAGCUGGAAAAUAGCUUAGCUGGAAAGUUAACACAAUGACCUUGGGCAAGCAAAGGUUUGAGCCUCAGUCCCCCCACCCCCAACAUCCAAUACUGAAUAUCUGGUAUUGUCACUGCACCACACAAGGCCUUUGGUAUCUAUCACAGUCCCAACAGGAUUGAUGUCAUCCUAUAAGUUCAGUGGCAAGAUGAACUCUUUUUUUUAAAAAAAAGUCAAAUAUAUUUUCAAAAUGCAUUUGUAAGGAUGAGAAAUUAAGUCCUAAAAUAAAAUCAA